UAAUCACAAGCUCAUAACACGAGACAUGUUUGAACGAUAUUUAGCCGCGUUGCAAUAUCCUCGCGUAGGCCAUUUGAAUAUUGACGAUCCGAAGGAUUACCGGGGAUUCGUGCUAUGGCUGGAAGAUCAGAAGAUUCGCUUCUUACCUAUCGAGGAACGGGAGCAAUUACGCAAAGUCAACUCUCCGGACGAAUGGAAUCCGGCUUUCGAAAAAUACAAGAAAGCUAUAAAGCUACCGGAACAUCUGAAGACCAAACAGGAGCAAACCACGUGGUUAUUGCUGUUUGCGAUACGACUCGAAUACGCUGAUAACGUGGAACAUUACAAAUCAAUAACGGGCGCGCAGAAACUGGACGAAGAAGCGAAAAAAUCCAGUGUCCCCGAGGUGCAAUCCGUCAACCCGUUCGACAGUUUCGAUUUCACGAGUGCAGAAUUUGAGGAAGGCUCGUGGAAGCUAGCCGAGCGGUUAGGGAUUGCUUACCAUCCCGAUCAUCUGAUGUCGCUGCAAGCCGCCGCGAAAGUUAUUAGCACCGCGUAUAAUAAGGAGGCUCUCAAGGAACAGAUCGUCACGGGCCAACCAUUCCCGGUAGAACAGGGCAGUGGAAUGGGACUAGCAAAAGAUGAAGACCUGGAACAGUGUGCGAGAAUUUUGAGACUGCUACAAAUUCAGAACCUCCGCAAGUUACAAACGACUAUCAAUGAAACCAUUGUCACGGUGCAGAACGUGACGGCAGAUCCGCGAACCGACACCAGUUUAGGGAAAGUGGGCAUGAAGUAA